AUGCAAACUUUUAUUCGAAACAAUAAACUGACUAGCAGUCUGAAUGAUGUUGCUGUGUGGAACAAAACUUUGAUGGCAUUAUGUGAUAUGGACAUGAUAUCAAGUUUCAUUGAACAGACGAUAAAAUAUCAAGAAACAUUGAAAAAAGCUGAUGCAACCUUAGAAGAACGUGACAACGAUAUCAUCAAAGAUGAUGCACAGUCUGACUCAGAAGCAGAACCAACUGAUUGA